GCGGGAACCACUGUCUCUGAUCGACCUACGGAAGAGGAACGUGGAAUCUGGGGAAGACGAGCUGGCAUCCAGGCUGGACCACUACAAAGCCAAGGCCACACGGCACAUCUUCCUCAUCAGGCAUUCCCAGUACCAUGUGGACGGCUCCCUGGAAAAGGACCGCAUCCUGACCCCACUCGGUCGAGAACAGGCCGAGCUGACUGGGCUCCGACUCGCGAGCUUGGGGCUGAAGUUUGACAAGAUCGUCCAUUCCUCCAUGACCCGCGCCGUGGAGACCACCGACAUCAUCAGCAAGCACCUGCCAGGCGUCUGCAGAGUCAGCACAGACCUCCUGCGGGAAGGCGCCCCCAUUGAGCCCGACCCGCCUGUCUCUCACUGGAAGCCAGAGGCUGUGCAGUAUUACGAAGACGGAGCCCGGAUAGAGGCCGCCUUUCGAAACUACAUCCACCGUGCUGAUGCCAAGCAGGAGGGAGACAGCUACGAGAUCUUCGUCUGUCACGCCAAUGUCAUCCGCUACAUCGUGUGCAGGGCCCUGCAGUUCCCGCCCGAAGGCUGGCUCCGUCUUUCCCUCAACAACGGCAGCAUCACCCACCUGGUCAUCCGACCCAACGGCCGAGUGGCGCUCAGAACCCUCGGGGACACAGGGUUCAUGCCCCCUGACAAGAUCACCCGGUCCUGAGGGCCCCAGACCCCGCCCUCCUCAUGACCAGCUCUGGACGCCCUGCAUCUGUCCGGGAGGCGGCCAGUGGGACUUGGAAAUACUUAAUACUUUCCAGUGCAGGAGGGAAAGCGAGGUCCAAUCAGGGUUUCCUACCUCCCUCUGAGCUGCCAGGACAGCCCUGUGGCCCCCCCAAGAAACAAACCUGGCCGAUCCCCUCACCAAGGUGACCGCGGGCAUGCGCAAGGGUCCCAGCUGCAGCCAGCCACAGGACCCCGGGUACCAUCAGCAAAGCCCCAGCCAAGGGCCUCAUCCCACUUCACAGACUUUCCAUUUAAACCUUUCUGUCACCAAAGUAUUUCUCAGUUAAAGAUUUCCCUAUCUGGGUUCUUGCCUUGAAAACCAGCUUUCCUGCCCAGAGUUAAAAAGCCUAACGCUUUUGGAUUUGAACAUGGGCCUUUCGGGUGGAGGGACUCACCAGCCACAGGUAAAGGAAGGCCUCCUGUGGGCAGCUGUGUCCUCGUCCAUGUCGGAGAAGCAUCCCAGGCCAGCAGCUCGCGUGGUCUGCCCUGGCAGCUCACCUUUGACACUCGUGGACUCUAGUACUUAGACAUGGCGUGUCCUAGUUUUCUGCAGCCAGGACCGCUGAUCAGGAUGUCUGACUCGCUCUGUCCACUUUGGAAAUAACUGCAUAAUAAACUUUUACUGUUUUAAGUA